CGCAUGGAAUCACAUUUAGAAUUCAAAUCACCGCGAAAGAACUGCUGGGUACAGAUGUGCUUUUAAAGCUCUUACUUCAUUUACCAGUUAAUUAUCCAUCAACUCUACCAGAUAUUUCUGUUAGUUCAGACCAGCUUACACGGGCCCAAUGUAUGGACGUGAAAGAUAAAUUACUUGAACAAGCAAAGAAGCAUCUUUCUGAACCCAUGGUGCAUGAUCUGAUUCUUUGGAUACAGCAGCAUCUUAAAUAUGUCAUUAAGCAAUCAGCAACAGUUUGCAAUGAAAAAGCUACUUUGUCAAAAGGAACAAGUACAGAGGAUGAUGGUAUCUGGAUGCUCCUUUUGCAUUUAGAUCACAUGAGAGCAAAGGCAAGAUACGUCAAAACUGUGGAAAAAUGGGCUUCAGAUCUAAGGCUGACUGGAAGACUGAUGUUCAGGGGCAAGAUAAUAUUGAUUCUUCUUCAGGGUGACAGGAGCAACAUUAAGGAGUACUUGAUUCUUCAGAAAACUUCUAAGGUAGAUGUGGACUCAAGUGGAAAGAAAUGCAAAGAGAAAAUGAUUAGUGUACUAUGUGAGACAAAAGUACAGUCACAGCAUAAAAGGUUUCAGACGUUUGAAGUCGAAGAAUAUUCAACACUGGAUGAGCUACAAAAGGAAUUUGAAGCUGCAGGACUUACAACUAUUUUCUCUGAGUUUGUGCCUCCUCUCUUAAAACUAAAAGAAAACUCUGGACUCUGACCAAAGCAGUAGUUGACUGCGGAUGCUGAUGGAAGAUAAGAUGCUGAAGGACUAAUUUGGCAAACAA